CUUGCUCCUGCUCUUCGCUUCCUCCUCCGCCUUCGUUCCCCUCCCAGCACACUAGUAGCCAUGGCCGGAAGAGGCAAGGCGAUCGGCUCUGCCGCCGCCAAGAAGGCCACCUCCAGGAGCUCCAAGGCCGGGCUCCAGUUCCCCGUCGGCAGGAUCGCGCGGUUCCUCAAGGCCGGCAAGUACGCCGAGCGCGUCGGCGCCGGCGCCCCCGUCUACCUCGCCGCCGUGCUCGAGUACCUCGCCGCCGAGGUUCUCGAGCUGGCCGGGAACGCCGCCAGGGACAACAAGAAGACCCGCAUCGUGCCGCGCCACAUCCAGCUCGCUGUCCGCAACGACGAGGAGCUCUCACGCCUGCUCGGCAUGGUCACCAUCGCCAACGGUGGAGUCAUGCCCAACAUCCACAACCUGCUCCUCCCCAAGAAGUCCGGUGGCUCCAAGGCUGCCCCUGCCGACGACGAGUAGUUUACAUCAUGUCUCCCUGUGAUGAUAGCUGUAUCACCGUGUGUUCUAGUCAUGCCUUAGUGUUCUGCUUAGGAGUAUUUAGGUUAUGUAUCUGCCGCUUGUUAUUACUGCUUCUAAACUAGAUGUGCUUCCGUGUGGACAAGGAUUACUUGCUCUGUAAUUCUUUGUGAUGUUCUAUAAAAGUUGGACCUAUGGAUAUGACUUACU